ACUCCGUUUCCUCAAUUCAGUCUUCAGCUUCUGUACCGACCAGUUCUGAAAACACUCGACCGCCAUCUUGGCAUCGGUAAUAAACCCCUAGUACACGCGCGCCCCUGGUGAGUAGUGUGGCGGCGGAACCAUUGCUAUGUGCAUUCUAGUAAGGGCCGGACGGAGAAAGAUAACGAUACCCCAUUCUUGAAUCGAUAGCUCAAACUACAGGCAACGAUAAUUCAGGGGUGAGAGAAGAAAAACGCCUACAGAUGAACACCUACCUUGUCGCCUCGUUCGCCAUUGGAACUGUGCUGGCUCUUCAAAUAUUCUUUCUAUAUCGAUACACACUUGAUCAAAACAUUUCAUCAUGUCCCCAAUUUGCUGAAAAAUGUCCAACACCGGAGACAUUGGAUAUUUCCUCAGUUCCUGUUGAUGUAUCUAAAAUCCCUAGGCAAAUAUUUGAUGUAGCUAUGUAUCUAAAAAGGGCCAGAUUACAUGCGAGAGGCUAUAAAACACGAACAGCACUGAAAUAUGCAUGUGAGCAUAUGGAUGCAAUACUGAAGGGAUUCAAAACCUCUUUUGAAGAAGUCACACGACGGAAAGUAGACAAGCCAAGCAGUAUUUGUCCGGAGUACUACGUUGAUAAAAUGAACGGUUAUCAGAUCAGGAAUUGUUCCUUUUCUAAACCUCUCGAGGAAAUUGUCACAAUUGUUCGUCUUGAUUACGGUUCAUCAGCUGAUACAAAAAUUACCAGAGAUACGUACGGCGAAAAUAUCCCGGUCGUAGUUGGUGACUACGGUGGGAAAGUUAAGGAGCAGAGAAAUAUACGUGUAAAGCACAUGGAAUCUACAACCACUGAGGGGAAUGCUUUAAACAUAUUAAUACAGGAAGUGAAAACCCAAUACACUUUAAUUGUUAGAAAUGUAACGGAACUUGAUUCGAAUUCCCGGAUCGAGAGACUUGUGCGAGAGAUAGAGAUUCUGAAGGUUAACGCAGUCGGCGGGGCUAUCAGAAACUCUGAUAACUAUUGGCAUUUAGGUUGCCAUCAGAGGGUGUUCCGAAACUACACAUUAGUAUACGAGGAGGGGUACGACGAGUCGAUGCACGAUUGUGUUUUUUGCGAUCACGUUGAUGGACCAUUUCUUAUGAGAACAGAUAAGCUAAAGCAGGUAAAGUUUGACGGUAACUUGACUCCUAUGGGACUGUACGAAGAUUUUUUCAUGAGGCUGAAUUCUGACGUUGCGCUCUGUCCUGACGCCUUGUUCGAUAUGGAUUUCCCACGCCGUAGUGAUUUAACCGUAGAGUGGGAGAAGUUUGGAAGAAAACGAAAUCUUUAUAAAUUAAAGUUUUCUUUUGGACUGGUUAUACAUUUUGGAUGUAAUUAUGACUAUCCAUGUAAAAGGCGAAAAGGAUAUAUCAGGUCACCGUGCUGUAUUCAGGAAUUGGCAGAUGCAAACAAUGAAUUUAUGGAAAUGUGUGAAAAGGUGGGUGCAUCGUGCCAAUUGAAUGCGGGAACAAAUCUAGGAGCUGUGAAGAUGUAUAAAGUGAUUCCUUGGGAGGCAGACGGAGAUCUCAAUUUUCAUUGUAAUGACUUCACAAAAUUGAGAAAGGCUGGAUUAAACCUGAGUUCGAAAGGCAUAAGAGUGGGAGUGGAACAUAUCAGUCCAUGCACUCCAAAAGCAACUCCCGCACAAUUAGGCGCACACACCAGACAUUGGCAUGUUGACAUCUGGUCACGUGAUACAGUUGAAUCCUUCACAGUGAGAUCUGAACAUCGUAAUUUGACAAAGAUUCUACAUAGUGGACGCAUAGUAUCGACAAUGAGAAACCCGGCUUUAUUUGCACGUACUAUGUACCCCGAACUCUUUCUGCACCAACAGCAUUAUAGUGAAGGUGGGAAAAUAACCGUUUAUAAAUUUGCAAAGUGCCCUACUGUUGAUAGUCAUGAUUGCAUAGACCAUUACUACGAAGACGGAAAUAUCCAAUUGAACGACCCAGUGGCAUAAUAAAUAGGGCGGAGCGAGUGUUGUUUAUAUGGAAACAAAAGUUGUAAUGGUGAACCUAGUGCAUCGCACCAUCCUUAAAUUGAUGACGUUAUCCUAAUGUUGCAAAAAGAUGAUGUCGUUUUCAGAAUAAUUACGCAUGCUAGCUGUUUUUCCCUUGUUAGGUGAAGACUUAUAAAAUCGUUCGCCCCCUUGGGGUUGAGAUAGAAGCAAGUGAGAGUAUAACCUAACACUAGCGCGCAAGCGCAGACCGGCCAGAGUAGGCCCUCGAUGACUUCACGGUCCAGUGAACAAACACAAAAGCGACGAUAAGUGUUCGCCAAUGGACUCUGAGUUGCAAAUCCCUCCACUACACAUCCCUGUUCCAGUUAACAGACAAAUAUUUUGUCUGAAACUAGUUGAAAUUUUGCAAUUUUCAUUUCCAUCAAGUAUUACAAGUUGCAAUAUCUUAACUAAUACAUCAAACAAAAUCGAAAUUUUACAAAAAACACAAUUUUCCAAAUUUCUCCUUUGAAAGUUACAUGUUAUCUUCUAUGACUUUGUAUUACUAAGAAACAGUCAAUACUACAAAUGUACACUCAUUGAGAAAAAAGAAUUUUGGUAAAAUAUUCAUUUUCUCAAAUUUCAUCAUUUUCCCCAUACCUAAGGUGGAAGGAAAAUGGUCAAAUUCCCCUAGAAACAGAACAAUCUGAUAUAUCUUCAAACUUUACCCUUAUUCCAAUUAACGGAAAAAUAUUUAGUCUGAAACUCGUUGAAAUCUCGCAAUUUUCAUUUUUAUCAAGUAUUACAAGUUGCAAUAUCUUAACUAAUGCCGAAAAAAUAAUCGAAAUUUUACAAAGACCACAAUUUUCAAAUAUCUCCUCUGAAAGUUACAUGGUUAUCUUCUCUGACGUUGUUUAACUUUAAAACAGUGCAAUACUGCAAAUUUUUUGGUAAAAUGUUUAUUUUUCUCAAAUUUCAUCAUUUUCCCCAUUCCUAAGGUAGAAAAUAGUCAAAUUCCCCUAGAAACAAAAUAUUCUGAUAUAUCUUCAAAAUAUCACAUUUUAUAAAAACUGGAAAAUGUCAAAUUUUUCCUCAGAACAUUACUUGGACAUAUCUUCUUUGACUUUGUAUCACUAUGAAAGAGUGUAAUACUGCAAACUUGAACUUAUUGAGAAAAAAGUGUAUCAUUGAUAAAUGUUGAUUUUUCUUAAUUUUCACCUAACCCCAUUACUAAGGUCGAAAAUUCCCUCAGGAACAUUUUUUUUGAUACAGGAUAUCUUCAAACAAAAACUGUUUUUCCUUAGAAAAACACUUGGUUAUCUUCUCUGACUUUGUAUGACUUUAAAACGGUGCACUGAUUGAAACAAAAAUUGAUUGGAUAAAAGUUUUUGUUUUUAUUAAAUAUCAGCGUUUUCAAGAUUUCCUAAGGUAGAACAUGAAACUGGUCGAGAUUCCUACCCUUUACCCAUGCAUGCAUAAAAGACAAACUCAAUCAUACUUUCUAUAUUGGUCCAGGGUCCGGCUUUCUGAAUCCCUCCCAAGGGACUCCCUCCCUUGAUCAUAACCUGGAAAGAGUUGAGAUCCCUACCUAAUAACCAUAUAUGCAAUUGCAUUGUAUGAACAGAUGAAUAAAGGUAUACUUAUGUUCAUGACUUAAUCCAAGGGUCAUAACAUGCUGAUGGAAAUGGCUGAAAUAACAAAGGCACCAGAUUAACUUUGUAACAUCCUUGAUACCAAAAAGAAUGAGAACAAAUGUGGGUUACAUUAGCAAUAUUACUUUGAAUGUGAAAACUUUGCCUUAAUUGUUUAAAUAUCAAGGUGAACAAUACAAGACUCUUGUUUCUUUAUGCUUCAUGAAAAUAAUAUCGGGAAGUACAUAGCUGCUAUCCACCUGUUUGUUAUUCUAUCCUAGGUCAAGGUCACAUUGAGGUCAAAGGUCAUAAUUGAUGUCAGACUCAUACAUUUUGACCAUUGAAGAUAUCAUAAUAAAAUUUAAGGAACAUAUGUAGGAUGGUAAAGCGGUGAAUAUGGUACUACUUUAGGGUCAACACAGCCGAAGUCAUCGUCACAUUUAGGUCAUAGGUCAAAUUCAUAAUCUGAGCCAUGACUUUUGAACCUCUGAAGAAAUGUAGGAUGAUAAGGCGGUGUGUCGCAUACUACUCUAGGGUCAGUACAUCCUAGGUCAUUGUCACAUUGAUUUCAAAGGUCAAAUUCACUGUCUUGGCUAAAAGUUUUGACUAAGGGUAACUCAAUGAAAUUAAAGGAAUAAAUGUAGGAUUGCAAGAUGGUCUGUUGCAAACCACAAUUGAGUCUGUACAUGGAAGGUUAAGGUCACAUUGAGAUCUUAGGUCAAAUUCAUUAUCCAUGCCAUAACUUCUUACCCACUGAAGAUUUAUCAAUGCAAUAUAAGAGAUAUACAUGUAUGUAGGAUGGCAGGACAGAGUAUUGCAAACACUAAUUGGGUCCAUAUCCCCAAUGUCAGAGUUAUAUUCAGGUCAAAGGUCAAAAUCAUUGUUGGGGGGUCAUAACUUUAGCUUGGUGAAGAUAACUCAAUUAAACUUAAGGGACUAUGUAUGAUGGCAAGGCAGUGUGUGGCAAACACAAUUGGGUCCAUAGGCCCAAGUUCCAGUUGAGGUCAACGAUCAAAUUCAUUGUCUUGGCCGUCAUUUCUGAAUCACGGAAGAGUGUCCGUCCAGAGGUCAGAGGGUCCUGGGUUCAAAUCCUUGUCUGGCCAUGCAUAUCUCUUUUUUUCUUCUUAUUGGGGUGUUUUUUUCCACCCUUGCUUCAUUAAAGCACUGGGUCAAUGCUUGACAAGGGGAUAUCCCAAUAUGGGUUAAUGUAAAAUAGUUGUUCUUGGUGGUGAAAACUUAGAAAGAGGAAGGAGGAAUGUAGCCGAACUGGACUGGCCGGUCAAUCGGCAGUGAUCAGUUCGGAGGGUUCCAGGUUCGAACCUGGUCUGGUCAUGCACAGAUCUGUCACCAGUAUAUUUGUGUCAAUA